AAGCCCAUUUACAAGGCCGGGACUCCGGCGGUGACCCACCAUGCUCGCGGCCAGUGUCCUCGUAGCUCCGCCGAUUCUCCUCCACACCGGAAAAUACACGGCAGUUAGGUCAAACGGGAGGCACAAUUUCAGAGUUUCUGCGGCUGAAUUUCCGGCAUUUCUUCCCAAGGAGGUGGAGAGUGUUAAGGAUCUAUUCGCCAGAAAGCUCGCUUCAAGAAUCGAGAGGUUGCCUGUCCAUCUAACUUUGUCCAAGACUUGCCUGAUGAGUAGCUGUGUGAAGCCAAAGACGCAGCUCGAUGCAAGCCCGCUAGUUCUUCUUCACGGUUUUGAUAGCUCGUGUUUAGAAUGGAGAUGUACACUUCCUUUGCUUGAAGAACAUGGCCUUGAAACUUGGGCUAUUGAUGUUCUUGGCUGGGGCUUCUCUGAUUUGGGCAAUGUGGAUUCAAAGCGUGAUCAUCUUUAUCAGUUUUGGAGUUCAUAUAUCAAACGCCCAAUGGUAUUAAUCGGACCUAGUCUCGGGGCAGCUAUCGCCAUUGACUUUGCAGUCAACUAUCCAGAAGCUGUGUAUCUCUUAAGGAGCUUACCUUUGCGUAUAUAUGCAACAUCACUGGCGUUCAAUGGUUCAUUACCCUGGGAAACCUGCUUGGAUUGGACAAAUAUUGGCCGCCUUCAUUGUUCAUUGCCUUGGUGGGCAGAUGCUACAGUUGAUUUUAUGAUAAGUGGAGGCUAUAGUGUCAGUACUCAAAUCGAGCAGGUAAAGCAGAAAACACUUAUCAUAUGGGGAGAAAAUGAUCAAAUUAUUGACUAUAAGCUUGCUGUAAGACUACAUAGUGAAUUACCGAAUGCAAUUUUGCGGCAAAUACAAGACUGCGGCCACAUUCCUCAUGUAGAGAAGCCAGAAGCUGUUUCCAAGCUGAUAGCGGAAUUUGUUAAAGCUGAAGAUAAAGUUAAUAAAUUGAGAAAAUUGCAAAUGCUAAAUUUUUCGAACGACUAAGGUCGGUUGUUGAAUGUUGAAUGUGUCUACUAUAUUUUCCGACAACUUUUUGACCCGAUUUUUUGUUCUUGUUGCUAAGAAUCUCUUGUACUUUGUACUAGUCUCAUCCUCCCGUCAUCGAUAGUUUGUGAUGGAAGUCGGUUUUGUAUUUCAACAUCAAGACUUGUAUUUCCUAUUAGCUUUGUAUGUGAGUAGUUGAUGUUGUGAACUCAUGAUCCAUGAAUGAAGCUCAUGUUUAGAAUGGUUGAUGUGGUUGUUUCCUUUUA